AUGCACUAUGAUCAAGCAACUCUCCACUUUAGUUAUGCCAAGUUUGAGGCUUCAGUUAGUAUAGAAGAUGAAGAGGUGGGUUGUGGAGCUCCGAAUAUAUCAUUGUUAUGUGGAAGUAUGUAUGCCGAAUUAGAAAGAUCAUUAAGUGAGAUAGAGCGUACUCGAGCAAUAUUUGAACUUGCGGUCGCUCAACCUACAUUGGAUAUGCUAGAGCUAUUGUGCAAGGCUUGCAUUGACUACGAGUACGAGACAUUAGGGAGAGAAUAUGAGAGAACAAGAUCAUUAAGUGAGAUAAAGCGUGCUCGAGCAAUAUUUGAACUGACGGUCGCUCAACCUACAUUGGACAUGCCAGAGCUGUUGUGCAAAACUUGCAUUGACUAUGAGUACGAGACAUCAGGGGGUGAAUAUGAGAGAACAAGACAAGUCUAUGAGAGGUUACUUGAUCGAACAAAAUACUUGAAGGUAUGGAUUAGUUAUGUCAAGUUUGAGGCUUCAGUUGGUAUAGAAGAUGAAGAGGUGAAUUGUGGAGCUUCGAAUACAUCAUUGUUAUGUGGAAGUAUGUAUGUUGAAUUGAAAAGAUUAUUAAGCGAGAUAGAGCGUGCUCGAGCAAUAUUUGAACUUGCAGUCGCUCAACCUAUAUUGGAUAUGCCAGAGCUGUUGUGCAAGGCUUGCAUUGACUACGAGUAUGAGACAUCAGGAGGUGAAUACGAGAGAACAAAGCAAGUCUAUGAGAGGUUACUUGAUCGAACAAAACACUUGAAGGUAUGGAUUAGUUAUACCAAGUUUGAGGCUUCAAUUGGUAUGAAAGAUGAAGAGGUGGGUUGUGGGGCUUCGAAUACAUCAUUGUUAUGUGGAAGUAUGAGCGGUUGUGCAAGACCCUACGAGUAUGAGAUAUCAGGAGAUGAAUACGAGAGAACAAGGCUAGUCUAUGAGAGGUUACUUGAUUGA